AUGUUAUAUGAUCUUUUUGGUUUCACAACUUCGUCUGCGUAUCGCGUUUACUUUUUACUAUGUUGCGCUCUCAUGGCAUCUGUAUUUGGAGUUAUUCUUCACAUGCUAUUGAACAUCGGAGGCUUUCUAACCUUCUUCGCGACAUUGGGCUGCUUGUAUUCGAUACUAACCUCUCCUACACAUGAAAAGAAAAAAAGAGUCGCAGUAUUAAUGGCAAGACGCAGAGUGUUUCUUUAUCUUGGAGGUUUUCUCUCCUCUUGUUUUUCAAUCCUUGUAUGGGCAGGUUUUGCAUCAUUAAUAUUUGGUGAUUCUGCUGCCCUCUUCAUAAUUCAGAUGUAUUUUGGGCUCUUGGUGUUUAUUGGGUACGUUGUGGUUGACACCCAGGAGAUUAUUGAAAGCGCUCAUCUUGGAAAUUUGGAUUACGUGACAGAUGCUCUCUUGCUUUCUACCGACUUUAUUGCUAUAUUUGUUCGCAUUCUUAUCAUCACGUUGGAGUAUUCGUCUGAAGAGAAAGAGAAAAAGGAAAAGAAACAGAGGAAGUAAUAGAAAUUAUUAUAUUGUGUGGUACAUAGGUUUUCUUUUAAUCAUCAGGUCAUGUGUAACUUCUAUG